CCUCCAACCCCAAGCAAAGACCUGUGCUUUCCAUGUGGAGGUCCUGAGAUGGCCUAGAUCCAUGGAGCUCUGUUUUCUUCCUCUAUAGGGAAAGCAACGCAUAUGUUCUUUUCUGAAAUCCACACCCACAGCUACUACCUGAAGCCCGAGCAACUAACCAAUAGAAGAGUUCAUUGCACACCAGCAAAUUGCUUGCCUUGACGGUUAAUUUUCUGUACUUCUCCCUGGCCACAACAAAUUUUCACCUGGAGAGAGUUUCUUGGGUUUUCUCCAAACAGAACACCUUGCAGCUACCUUGCCAAAUCCCAAGAGAAUUUUUAUUCGGUGCUAGUGGAGGUUCAUCUGGAGGUGCAGAGAUGGGUUAGAUUUCUGGAGCUUCUUUCGUUAAUUUCGGGGUCCUUCCUACACAGACAAAUUCACCAUGCGUGAACUGAAGCUUGGUUGUGUGUACGGAGUCGAGGAGGCGGUUGAAAGCAUAAUCCCUUUGUUGGAGGAUACCGGAACAACUGCACACAAGGCCAUCUACUUUGACGGAUGGGAUGGACUGGCUGCUUCUGCUGUGCUCAGAGCUAUAGCAGAGGACCCUCCACCAUCUCUGAAGAAGAAAUUUGACAAGAUCCUCCACAUUGAUUGCUCGAUGUGGAAGAGCCGAAGGGCACUCCAGAGGGCGAUCGCUGAUGAACUCAACCUUACUCAGAGGGUAAUGGCUUUGGACGGGCAAGAUGUGGAGGAUGAUUUCAGCGGGGUAGAUGAAGGCUCUAGAGCUGAGAUGGCGGAUGUCACGAGAGAGAUCUAUCAAACCAUUAGGGACCUUACUUGUUUGGUGAUCUUUCACAAUGGAAGUGACAGCACAGUUGACUUCUCAAAUUUUGGCUUCCCUCUAUUCGACUGGUUUUGUCCUUGCAUAGUAUUGUGGACCUUCAGAGGAAGGCUUCGGCUCAACCCGGAAGUAAAAGACAAGGUGGACAGUUCACAUUUGUAUAUUUAUCGGCCUAUUACCUGGUGGUUCAACGAUAACGAUGCUAAACUAAUAUUGGAUGAGGCUACAGAAAUUGUCAAGUCCAUACAACAUAAGCAGAGCAUCACCCCAACAAUAGCUGCCAAGUGUAUCUCCUACAUAUUGUGGUUGAAUAAUGAAAAGGUUGGUGGUACCAUGGACUACGAUUGGACUACCCACGCUUCCAACUAUUGGGUUUGUGAUGGAAUUAUCGAAGAAGGUCAGUCUGAUGACUCCUGGGAGCUCUCUACCGCUCUCCAUCAACAGAUACGAUUAGAGGACUGCUCAUAUCGAACAGUCAACUUCCGUGGUUAUGAACACAAGGGACAUUGGAAGUCUGUCAUCUAUCCAUCUAACAUUGAAGAAGGGACAUCAUCCUAUUUCCUUAGUGCCAAAAACGAAUUAUCAUUGCCACCUAAAAUGUUUCAACAGUCAUAUAGACUUCGUGUACUGAAACUGUCUGGAUGCAAUUUCAGCUUUUAUUCCCCUCCAUUCUGUUGUUGCCAUAGCCUAAGAUUCCUUGGAUUAGACAAAUGCAAAGAUCAACCGCAGGAAGAAGAGGACAGGCAAAGGAGACCAACAACUAAAUAUCUCCAUAGCCUAUGGGUGCUAGAUGUUAGGAACAUGGAUUGGGAAUUGGAUCUAUUGCAAGAUUCGAUAGAGCAGAUGGCUGUAAACAUCAGAGAGAUUCAUGUAAAGAAUGGAAGGAUUUGGCGCAGCAACCUUGCAUGGGGACAACUGCAGAACCUUCGCAAGCUUCGAGUAAUCAAGCCUACAAGCUCUUGGGAGACAGGUUUAGAAAAUGAAUUUAUGGGUAUGUUGAAGCUGGAAAUCCUUGACCUAUCUGGAAACAAUGCCAUCCAAGUUUUGCCGAGCUUGUGUGGGGCAACUGGAUUGAAAACUCUCAUCCUGGAUGGUUGUGCUGAGUUGGAUCAUAUUGGUCCAGGACUACCUCCAUCACUUGAGUCAUUCAGUUUCGAUGCCAGAGCAGGGGAUGAUGGUAACAAGACAGCUAAAAUAUCACGUAUCACCUUGGCUGGUUGUCCAAAACUGGUCGAGUUCAGAUUGCUUGGAUCCCUUUCAAAGCUUGAGGAGCUAGACCUCUCUGGCACACCGGUGAAAAUUCUAGACCUGAAAAAGGAGAUCCAAGUUCAAAAUCUUCAACGAAUCUUCCUGAUAGGAUGCAAGCAGCUCCGUUCAAUUAUUUGGCCAGAAAAAAGGAUGGAACAACUGAGGUUAGUAUGCAUUGAUACGCGACAGGAAUUAGUGUUGACGGAAACAUCACGUGAUUCUCUUGUCUGCCGAGAGCAGGAAAAGUAUUGCCAUGCACGUGUUUCUGUCACAGAUAUGAGGUUCUUUCAGUCGUUGGUGGCAACAGAUGGUGAAGUGUUUCCCUGUAUCACUACCCCGUUUAAGCUGAAUCUCAACCUGUCGUGCACUAGCAAUGAUGAUGGAAAUAACUGCAUUUUUAUUAGCAGGACUAAAAAACUUGUUCGGUCGUCAAAUCUACACAAGCCAUUAAUCUCCAUGGCAUGCCGCAUCUACAAUGACAUCAGCAUUGAAGAGAUAGCUGAUGGUAGUAGUGCGCUGCAGUUUGAGCCACAAGACCUCCAUGUUGAGAUCGGUCAGGGGGCAAUCAACACUGAAGUGCUCAAUCCACGAGGAGUCAGGGCUAUAAGGUUUAUGAUGGACAGGGUCAUGUCGUUGCACGUGCACGACAGUUGUUCCAUCACCACUAUCAUCCCUAAGCACAUUGCAUCAGCAACUGGCCAGGAAAUUAAUUACCGUGCUCUUAAGUGGUGCCGUGUGGAGAAAUGCCCAAAGUUGGAAAUUGUCUUCCAUACUAACUAUGAUGGCGAUCGUUACUAUUGGUUUCAGCAACUGGAGACCUUUUGGGCAGCUGAUCUCUUGAUAGCCCGUUCGAUCUGGAGCAGAGGAAGGCCAUUUGGUAGGGUGGACUUUGAAUCCUUUUCAAGACUGCGGGCCAUACAUCUGCACAUGUGCCCCAGGCUCCAAUUUGUCCUCCCGUUGUCAUGGGGACAUACCUUGUCCAGCCUGGAGACCAUCCACAUAGUCUGCUGCAGUGACCUCAAACAGGUCUUCCCAGUGGAGUCUGGCUUUUUGAAGCGAGUUGCUACCAUGCAUCCAAACGGCAUGCUGGAAUUCCCAAAGCUCAAGCACUUGUACCUGCACGAUCUCUCCUGCCUGCAACAGAUAUGCGAGGCAAAAAUAUUUGCUCCUGAGCUGGAGACUGUCCGCAUCAGGGACUGCUGGGACUUGAGGCGCCUCCCGCCCACUGACCGCCAUCGUCGAGACGGACGUCUUGUUGCUGUGGAUUGUGAGAAGGACUGGUGGGACAACCUGGAGUGGGAUGGGAUGGACGUCGGCCAUGACCCCUCCCUCUUUGCACCGCGCCACUCGGCGUACUACAAGAAGCGAUUGCUGAGAACCACGGUUCUCCGGUGAACCGGCCUCCCAUACUUUGUUGCAGAUUUCGUGGGUGAUGGAGGAGAGACGACAGUGGCUAUUUUUGCUUUUCUAUCGUGUGCUUACCUCUCCGCGAGGGUCCAACUGUUUGCUUAGCUAAGUCUUCGAUGUGUUUCCUCAAGAAUAAACAAUUGGCAUCCGAUGCUGCCGGUAUCUGCCAAAUUCAGUGUGUUAAUAUGCUUUUUUUCUAUGUUGAUUUGUAUGCGUCUCUAACAAACGUACCAUAUGUGUUUGAUCUUGCUUUGCUAUGUGUGCGCGCUUUGAAAUAAGAGGGUCUGAUGGAGCUGUGUUGUUUUGUGUGUCUAUCAGUCCCCUGGAACCCUAUGGUGUGACAAUGUUGAUUUCGAGAAACAUUCUUGAAACAAAUUUGUAAUCAAUGAAGCUGGUUGCAUAUUGUUGGGUGAUUAAUUA